GCACGGAGCGAAGACGAGCAUUGUUCCAGUGCUUAAAGGAGGUAUCUACGACUCUCAGGCGGACAGCGCAAGGAGGAGGACCGGAAGAGACGGUUAAUUUACAUUAUAGCAUUCCUUCACUGUUGGACCUGGAGCAGGAGCCCUCGUUUUCUAUAAAAAAAAAACACCUGCAGAAAAUACUCACCAGUGCAUUUUUCCUGACAUCAAGUCGCCGAUAUGUGUCGGAUCUAACAUAGACUAUUGUUGAGAAACAAUGAAUAUCUCCAUUCUUGGGUGGAUGUGGGCACUUUUUUUCAUGGAAAUGCCUAAGUUUAUGAAUUUAUCGGUUUUCGUUCUACCUGUUUUAUGGGGUUUGGUGCUUGGUGGCUCUCAAAGUGUACAAAUUGGUGGACUCUUUCCAAGGGGUGCUGAUCAGGAAUACAGUGCAUUUCGGAUAGGAAUGGGUCUAUUCGGCACACCCGAAUUCAGAUUGACGCCCCAUAUUGACAAUCUGGAAGUAGCAAACAGUUUUGCCGUCACCAAUUGUUUCUGUUCCCAGUUCUCGAGAGGAGUUUACGCCAUCUUUGGAUUCUACGACAAGAAGUCGGUCAAUACGAUUACUUCGUUUUGCGGGACUCUCCAUGUGUCAUUUAUCACCCCGAGCUUCCCGCUGGACGGAACUCAGCAGUUCAUCAUCCAGAUGAGGCCUGACAUCAAAGGACCCCUACUCAGCCUUAUCGAGUACUACAAGUGGGAUAAGUUUGCCUAUCUCUACGACAGUGAUAGAGGUCUGACCACACUGCAGGUGGUGCUGGACACGGCUGCAGAAAGGAAGUGGCAUGUGACCGCCAUCAACGUGGGCAACCUGAAGGACGAGAGGAAAGACGAGGCCUACCGCUCCCUCUUCCAGGACCUGGAGAACAAGAAGGAGAGACGGGUCAUCCUGGACUGUGAACAGGACAAAGUCAAAGACAUUAUGGAACAGGUUAUCACCAUUGGCAGACAUGUGAAAGGCUACCACUAUAUCAUUGCAAAUUUGGGUUUUGUGGAUGGGGACCUCUCCAAAAUUCAAUAUGGAGGAGCCAACGUCUCAGGUUUCCAGAUUGUCGAUUUCGAUGACCCGUUGGUUUCCAAAUUUGACCAGAUUUGGGAAGCUCUGGAGGAGAAGGAGUACCCUGGUGCCGACAGUAAGAUUAGGUACACGUCGGCGUUGACCUACGACGCGGUGCAGGUGAUGACGGAGGCCUUCCGCUACCUGCACAAGCAGCGCAUUGACAUCGCCAGAAAGGGCAACAACGGCGACUGUCUGGCUAACCCCGCCGUGCCCUGGGCGCAGGGAGUGGAGAUUGAACGAGCGCUCAAACAGGUUCGUGUGGACGGUCUCACAGGGAAUAUUCAGUUUGAUCAACAUGGCAAACGAGUAAACUACUCUGUUAAUAUCAUGGAGCUGAAGAAUAAUGGUCCUGUGAAGAUUGGAUAUUGGAACGAAGUUGACAAAAUGGCUGUCACAAAAUCAGACGUGUUUCCGAAUGACACAACAGGAAUGGAAAACAAAACGGUCAUUGUGACCACAAUCUUGGAAGCCCCAUAUGUAAUGCUCAAGAAGAAUGCUGACCUUUUUUUAGACAAUGAAAGAUACGAGGGCUAUUGUGUAGAUCUGGCUGCUGAGAUAGCCAAGCACUGUGGCUUCAAAUACCAGCUGAAAAUUGUGGGGGAUGGAAAAUAUGGAGCCCGAGACGCUGAGACCAAGAUCUGGAACGGAAUGGUGGGAGAGCUUGUCUAUGGGAAAGCUGAUAUAGCUGUGGCACCGCUGACCAUCACCCUCGUCCGCGAAGAAGUAAUAGACUUCUCCAAGCCCUUUAUGUCACUGGGUAUUUCCAUUAUGAUCAAGAAGCCCCAAAAGUCAAAACCUGGGGUCUUCUCCUUCCUGGACCCUCUGGCCUACGAAAUCUGGAUGUGCAUCGUGUUUGCCUACAUCGGUGUGAGCGUGGUGCUCUUCCUGGUCAGUCGAUUCAGCCCAUAUGAGUGGCACACAGAGGAGUACGAGGACGGCCAGAUCCAGACUAAUGAGUCUACCAACGAGUUUGGGAUAUUCAACAGUCUCUGGUUCUCCCUCGGCGCCUUCAUGAGACAGGGCUGUGACAUCUCGCCUAGAUCCCUCUCUGGGCGUAUUGUUGGUGGGGUAUGGUGGUUCUUCACUUUGAUCAUCAUCUCCUCCUACACGGCCAACCUGGCUGCUUUCCUCACUGUUGAGAGGAUGGUGUCGCCCAUAGAGAGUGCUGAGGAUCUGGCGAAGCAGACCGAGAUUGCCUAUGGAACACUGGACUCCGGCAGUACCAAGGAGUUUUUUAGGCGCUCCAAAAUUGCCCUAUUCGAUAAGAUGUGGACUUACAUGCGGAGCGCAGAGCCCUCUGUGUUCGUGAAAACCACAGCAGAGGGGGUGCUGCGGGUGCGCAAGUCCAAGGGCAAAUACGCCUAUCUGCUGGAGUCCACCAUGAACGAGUACAUCGAGCAGCGCAAGCCUUGCGACACCAUGAAGGUUGGCGGCAACCUGGACUCCAAAGGCUAUGGGAUCGCCACGCCCAAAGGAUCCUCAUUAAGAACGCCAGUAAACCUUGCGGUAUUGAAACUCAGUGAGCAAGGCGUCUUAGACAAGCUGAAAAACAAAUGGUGGUACGAUAAAGGUGAAUGUGGAGCCAAGGACUCGGGAAGUAAGGAGAAGACGAGCGCCCUCAGUCUGAGCAAUGUGGCAGGGGUUUUCUACAUCCUGGUCGGCGGACUUGGUUUGGCCAUGCUGGUGGCCUUGAUUGAGUUCUGUUACAAGUCCCGAGCCGAGGCGAAACGAAUGAAGGUGGCAAAGAAUGCACAGAGUGACCUUCACGGACGCAAUGAGGAGCAAAGCGAGGCUGUCUAUAACGGGGAGUACUGGGGAGAAUGGCCGUGUGAUGACUCCAGAGUUUCCAAAAGCAGUGCAUGCGGCACCUUACGUUAGACCUGGCAUGGGAAUGAAUGUCAGCUUGACAGAUCUCUCCUGAUCGAUAAGAACCUUUUGAGUGCCUUACAAUGGUUUCAAUAGAGCGGUUUUCGUAUUUUUCCCUCGCCCCUCUCUCUUCACGCUUUCUUUCUCUCCAUUUUAGUUGAAAGGGGUCAAGGGGCCUCCCAUUAUGGUGUCAUGAAGACGUUUCCUUCUUCUCGCUCUCUAUUUCUCACUAAACAAAAGACGAUCCCUCUCGAUUUCACCUUGGAAUACAAAGGGACAUCGGUGACAUCAUUUCCUAUCUCUGAGUAUGUUGGAGAUAUAGGAAGCAUGAUUGACUGUAAUAGCUGCUCAUGGGAGUUCUGUCAUCUCAACUGGG